UAUUCAUUCACUUGAGAGAGAGCGAGCGUGCGCAUGUGUGGGGCAGAGCAGAGGGAGAGGGAGAAGCAGGCUCCACGCUCGGCACACGACCCUGAAGUCACUACCCCAGCAGGAAGCCAGAGUCGGAGGACGCCUAACCGACUGAGGCACCCAGACUCCCCGUGCUUACUUAGGGGUUAUGUUUGGACGGUGUGCACCAGGAAGGCUGGGAUUUUGUCCCUUCUUGUUUCCUUGUCUCUCCAUCCGUGUAUCCCUAAGUUCCUGGGAGUGGCUCUUAAUGGACGCUCAGAUAUUUGUCAUGAAUGUCUUUCAUCAAUGAACGGAUUCGUGUUGUCUGAGGAUCUCGUUCAUGCCCUGCGAUGUCUCUUGGGGCGUGGAGUUCAGAGAAGGGCUCCAGGACCAUCCCUGGGUGCAGCAAACCCUGGGAGGUCUGUGGGCACCGUUCCUGAAUGCCCCCUGCCCCCCUAGGCCCGCCGUGCCCCUCCAGCGCCAUGAGCGAGGCCCGCAGGGACAGCACCAGCAGCCUGCAGCGCAAGAAGCCACCCUGGCUGAGGCUGGACAUCCCGGCGGUGGCGCCCCCAGCGGCGGAGGAGCCUGGCCUCUUCCAGGUAGGCCCCGGCCGACAGGGGCUGGGGGGGUGCCCUGUACAGCCUCCUCACUGCGACCCCGCUGCCCAGCCCCUGAGACGUCAGGCUUUCCUGCGGAGUGUGAGUAUGCCCGCCGAGACCGCCCGUGUCCCCUCGCCCCACCGUGAGCCCCGGCGGCCCGUCCUGCAGCGCCAGACGUCCAUCACACAGACCAUCCGCAGGGGCACCGCGGACUGGUUCGGGGUGAGCAAGGACAGCGACAGCACCCAGAAGUGGCAGCGGAAGAGCAUCCGUCACUGCAGCCAGCGCUACGGAAAGCUGAAGCCCCAGGUCAUGCGGGAGCUCGACCUGCCCAGCCAGGACAACGUGUCUCUGACCAGCACGGAGACGCCCCCUCCACUGUAUGUGGGCCCGUGUCAGCUGGGCAUGCAGAAGAUCAUAGACCCCCUGGCCCGGGGCCGGGCCUUCCGCGUGGCGGAUGACACGGCCGAUGGCCUGAGUACCCCGCACACACCUGUCACGCCGGGUGCCGCUUCCCUCUGCUCCUUCUCCAGCUCCCGCUCGGGCUUCAGCCGGCUCCCGCGGCGACGCAAGCGCGAAUCAGUGGCCAAGAUGAGCUUCCGGGCAGCCGCGGCCCUGGUGAAGGGCCGCUCUCUUAGGGAUGGCACGUUACGCCGGGUGCAGCGCCGAAGCUUUACUCCUGCCAGUUUCCUGGAGGAGGACACAGCGGACUUCCCUGACGAGCUGGACACGUCCUUCUUUGCCCGGGAAGGAGUCCUCCAUGAGGAGCUGUCCACGUACCCGGACGAGGUGUUCGAAUCCCCUUCGGAGGCUGCACUCAAGGACUGGGAGAAGGCCACGGAGCAGGCUGACCUCACGGGUGGGGCCCUGGACCGCAGUGAGCUCGAGCGCAGUCACCUAAUGCUGCCCCUGGAAAGAGGCUGGAGGAAGCAGAAGGAGGGGGGUGCAGCGGCCCCGCAACCGAAGGUGCGGCUGCGGCAGGAGGUGGUGAGUGCGGCGGGCCAGCGGCGGGGCCAGCGUAUCGCCAUGCCGGUGCGCAAGUUCUUUGCCCGGGAGAAGCGGCCAUACGGGCUGGGCAUGGUGGGCCGGCUCACCAACCGCACCUACCGCAAGCGGAUCGACAGCUACGUCAAGCGGCAGAUCGAGGACAUGGACGACCACAGGCCGUUCUUCACCUACUGGCUCACCUUCGUGCACUCGCUCGUCACCAUCCUGGCGGUGUGCAUCUAUGGCAUCGCGCCCGUGGGCUUCUCGCAGCACGAGACCGUGGACUCGGUGCUGCGGAACCGCGGGGUCUAUGAGAACGUCAAGUACGUGCAGCAGGAGAACUUUUGGAUCGGGCCCAGCUCGGAGGCGCUCAUUCACCUGGGCGCCAAGUUCUCGCCCUGCAUGCGCCAGGACCCACAGGUGCACAGUUUCAUCCGCGCUGCGCGGGAGCGGGAGAAGCACUCGGCCUGCUGUGUGCGCAACGACCGGUCCGGCUGCGUGCAGACAUCGGAGGAGGAGUGCUCGUCCACGCUGGCAGUGUGGGUGAAGUGGCCCUUGCAUCCCAGUGCCCCAGACCUUGCCGGCCACAAGAGGCAGUUUGGCUCUGUCUGCCACCAGGACCCCAGGUCAGUCUUGAUGCCUCUUUGUCCAAGCUCUGUGGGGUGUGGGGGAGAAGGCAUAGCCUCCCCUGUUGUGGAGCUGGACAGGUGUGGGUGCCAAGGAGAUAAAGGAUCUGACCACAUACUGGUUCAUGCAGAGUGUGUGAUGAGCCUUCCUCGGAGGACCCCCAUGAGUGGCCAGAUGACAUCACCAAGUGGCCGUGCCGGGAACCACACCAACCACCCGCACAUGGACUGUGUCCUCACGGGCCGGCCGUGCUGCAUUGGAACCAAGGGCAGGUGUGAGAUCACGUCUCGGGAGUACUGUGACUUCAUGAGGGGCUACUUCCACGAGGAGGCCACGCUGUGCUCGCAGGUGCACUGCAUGGAUGACGUGUGUGGGCUCCUGCCCUUCCUCAACCCCGAGGUGCCUGACCAGUUCUACCGCCUGUGGCUCUCCCUCUUCUUGCACGCCGGGCAAGUGAUACCAUGUGGGCUGAGCUGUGCCAGGAUCCUGCACUGCCUGGUGUCCGUCUGCUUCCAGAUGACCGUCCUGCGGGACCUGGAGAAGCUGGCCGGCUGGCACCGCAUAGCCAUCAUCUACCUGCUGAGUGGGGUCACUGGUAACCUGGCCAGCGCCAUCUUCCUGCCAUACCGGGCAGAGGUGGGCCCGGCCGGCUCCCAGUUCGGGAUCCUGGCCUGCCUCUUUGUGGAGCUCUUCCAGAGCUGGCAGGUCCUGGCGCGGCCCUGGCGAGCCUUCUUCAAGCUGUCGGCGGUGGUCCUCUUCCUGUUCACCUUCGGGCUGCUCCCCUGGAUCGACAACUUCGCACACAUCUCGGGCUUCAUCAGCGGCCUCUUCCUGUCCUUCGCCUUCCUGCCCUACAUCAGCUUUGGCAAGUUCGACCUGUACCGCAAGCGCUGUCAGAUCGUCGUCUUCCAGGCGGUCUUCCUGGGCCUCCUGGCCGGCCUGGUGGUGCUCUUCUACUUCUACCCCGUGCGCUGCGAGUGGUGCGAGUUCCUCACCUGCAUCCCCUUCACCGACAAGUUCUGCGAGAAGUACGAGCUGGACGCACAGCUCCACUGAGGGGCCGCCCCAGGCCUCCCGGGCCCGACCUUGGCCUGCACGCCCGGUGUGCGGCCGGCCGGUGCCCUGCACUGACCUCUUGUGCCUUGCUCACUGUGGUGGACUUCUCGUCCUCCAGGGCGUUUACUACACUAGUUACCACGAUUACCUUCUAACGAGUUUUUUGACGACCACCUCGUGUGGCCAAUAAAUGCACCGGGAGCGUUUUAGCUGCCACUAACUUACC